AUGCUAUUCAUCCGUCGCUUCUUGCUUGAGUACUCUCGCAAGACAAUGACCACCAGUAGAGGUCCAGUCAUAAUGACCUUGUCUUCAAGCAACAAGAGCAUUAUCUCUACAGAACAGUCCAUGUCUGAUCCAGGUAUUUAUGCUCGCAACAUGCUCUCCAGACAAUUCUCCAUCCAUCACCAUCGAUCAACUCUGCGCGAACAACUUCCACUCACGCAAAAAACGAUCAUUCACCCACUGCGAAAAAAACUCCACACCCGGGUUUACAACAUCUCUGCUGGUCAACAUCCAUCCCAGCACUCAAUCCACCACAACAAUGUCGGACGCUCCACAGCAACCACCACAAACCCCAACCCACCAACAAUCCGCCCCUCCAAACACCCCCUUCGCCCCACCAAUCAUGGUCGCAGGCCCAAACAUGCUGGCCGACCUCGCGGAGGCCCUCGACUCAAUCCCRGACUCCCCAACCCCGACAUUCAACGUCCAGAACAACUCACAUCAGGUAAAUGUAACAUUUGCUUCGAGGAUAAAUUCACAAGACCUUGUCGGACUCCGUGCAAUCAUGUUUUUUGCGCCGAGUGUAUUUUGAUUUGGGUGGCGUCGAGGAAGAAUUGUCCGGUUUGUAGGGCUGGGGUUGGGGUUUUGGGGUGUGUUUUGCUUUUUGUGGAGGGAUAG